GGAGCCUCAAAGGCCGGAGACCAGCCAGGACACCCCCUGGGAUCACUCUGAGCUCACCACAUCCCCAAAGCGGCUGCACCCCUCUGCACCAACCAGUUCAGGUCAAACAUCAGAGGCCCUAUGGAGUUCCCUGGUCUGGGGACCCUAGGGUCUUCUGAGCCCCUGCCCCAGUUUGUAGACCCUGCCCUGGUGCCCUCACCACCUGAGUCGGGGGUCUUCUUCCCCUCUGGGUCUGAAGGCCUGGAUGCUGUGGCCUCCUCCACUGCCCCCAGCACUGCCACAGCAGCAGCAGCUGCACUGGCCUACUACCGGGAUGCUGAAGCCUACAGACAUUCCCCAGUCUUUCAGGUCUACCCAUUGCUCAACUGUGUGGAGAGCAUCCCAGGAAGUUCGCCAUAUGCCAGUUGGGCCUACGGCAAGACUGGGCUCUACCCUGCUUCAACGGUGUGCCCCAGCCGCGAAGACUCCCCUCCCCAGGCCCCUGAAGAUUCAGAUGGGAAAGGGAGCAGCAGCUUCCUGGAGACCUUGAAAACAGAGCGGCUGAGUCCCGACCUCUUGACACUAGGGCCUGCGCUGCCUUCUUCGAUCCCUAUCCCCAGUGGUGCCUAUGGGGGCCCUGAUUUUUCCAGCACCUUCUUUUCUCCCACUGGGAGCCCCCUCAACCCAGCAACCUACUCUUCUCCUAAGCUUCGUGGAACCCUGCCCCUGACCUCCUUCGAGGCCAGGGAGUGUGUGAACUGUGGAGCGACAGCCACACCGCUGUGGCGGCGAGACAGGACGGGUCACUACCUGUGCAACGCCUGUGGCCUCUAUCACAAGAUGAAUGGGCAGAACAGGCCCCUCAUCAGGCCCAAGAAACGUCUGAUUGUCAGCAAACGGGCAGGUACCCAGUGCACCAAUUGCCAGACGACCACCACAACACUGUGGCGGCGGAAUGCCAGUGGGGACCCCGUGUGCAACGCCUGUGGCCUCUAUUACAAACUCCACCAGGUGAACCGACCACUGACCAUGAGGAAAGAUGGGAUUCAGACUCGGAAUCGCAAGGCCUCUGGCAAAGGGAAGAAGAAGCGGGGGUCAAGCUUGGGAAGUACAGGGGCACCAGAAGCAGCAGCUGGUGGCUUCAUGGUGGUGGCUGGUGGCAGCGGGGGUGGGAGUUGUGGGGAGGUUGCCCCAGGCCUGACACUGGGCCCAUCAGGUGCAGCCCAUCUCUACCAAGGCCUGGGCCCAGUGGUGCUGUCUGGGCCUGUUAGUCACCUCAUGCCUUUCCCGGGGCCCCUGUUGGGCUCCCCCUCAGCCUCCUUCCCCACGGGCCCCAUGCCUCCCACCACCAGCACCUCUGUGGUGGCUCCACUCAGUUCCUGAGGACACAGUGUGGCCUCAGGUAACAAGAGGCGGUCGGUCUCUGUCUCUCUGUCUCUCUCUCUCUCUCUCUCUCUUGUCUUAUAGCCAGACACAGCCCGGCCUGGACUUGCCAAGAUUUUGUAAAAUAAAACCACUAGAGUCCUGGGACUGGGUGUGUGUGUGUGUGUGUGUGAGGCUGUGAGCAGCUGAAUAAAGGAGCAGUGGCACCAA